GAGAGAGAGAGAGAGAGAGAGAGAGAGAGAGAGAGAGAGAGAACGCGCUGAAAGAAGCCUGGCAUAGUUUGGUGAGGAUUGUGGAAAAAGAUGUAACGAAGCUCGGAAGCACUCUCCCCGGAAUGGAAGUCUGGAUUACUGCUCCUGCUGAAGCGCACUGUGGAUGUCUGAAUACACCAGGAGCCGAUAACGCUGCAAUGAAUUGAUUGUAAAGGGGAAAAAAAAGAAAAAAGAAAGAAAGAAAAGAAAAAAAACCAAGCAAACCUUUUUCUCAAAAUGGGAACUAACUGUGCUCAUUUUCGCUCUAUUGCAAAGCUCUCUGUGGGUGUGUGUGGGAUGUCAUGUCAGGGCUGAAGCCCAUUCCUCUCCCAUGAGCCUGUGUGCCCACGCACACACCUGGCGCCUCCACGCACGUACAAGGCGCCUACACACCCGCAGCCGACGCUGACGCCGUGAACUGGACCCUCAGAGUUCAGCGGACCCCAGCUGAGCCGAACGCAGCGGAGUUUAGCCCAGUUGGAGCCUGAGGAUGUCAACAGAGACAGAGCUACAGCCAGCGGUCAGGCCCAGCAGCGUCAGACGGGACUCCAAAAGGAAGGGGCAGGAUCGCAGCGAGGCAGCUCUCAUCAGGCGUUUUAAGGGCGAUGGCGUCCGCUACAAGGCCAAGCUCAUCGGCCUGGACGAGGUCACUGCUGCCCGUGGAGACAAGCUCUGCCAGGACUCAAUGAUGAAGCUCAAGGGUGUAGCUGCAGCAGCACGGUCUAAAGGAGAACACAAGCAGAAGGUGUUUCUAACCGUUUCGUUUGGCGGGAUCAAGAUCUUCGAUGAAAAGUCAGGGAUCCUCCAACACCACCAUGCGGUCCAUGAGAUUUCAUACAUCGCAAAGGACAUCACGGACCACCGAGCCUUCGGCUAUGUCUGUGGGAAGGAAGGGAACCACCGCUUUGUGGCUAUCAAGACCGCACAGUCGGCUGAACCAGUGAUUCUGGACCUGCGGGACCUGUUCCAGCUUAUCUACGAGAUCAAGCAGAGAGAGGAGAUGGAAAAGAAGGCCCAAAAAGACAAACAGUGUGAACAGGCGGUCUAUCAGACAAUACUGGAGGAGGACCUGGAGGACCCGGUCUAUCAGUACAUUGUGUUUGAGGCGGGACACGAGCCCAUCCGUGACCAAUCAGAAGAGAGCAUUUAUCAGGUCCCUACCAGUCAGCAAAAGGAAGGGGUCUAUGACGUCCCAAAGCGACACCCAAAUGGACGUCCAAACACCCCCAAACAUCCUCAUCAUCAACAGCAUCAUCAUUAUCAUGAUCAGCUCCUCCAGCAACAGCAAACUCAAGAGCAGCAGCAGGCAGUGGCAGAUUUGAUAGACUUAGACCUGGAUUUGAUGACGCAGAAUAUCAACCAAUUAGAGAUUUUUGGAGACAUGUCUACGCCUCCUGACAUCACCUCUCCGUCGACUCCCGCCUCCCCAGCCAACACCCUCGACCCCUCGCAGGGCCUGCAGCCUCCCACUGAAUUGUUUGCUCCCUUCAAUCCGGCGUCUGUGCCCUCAGGUUAUGUGACAAUGGGAGCAGUACCUACUGGACACUGGUCCCAGCAGGCGUUUGCUGCCCAGACACCGCUGGCCUUCGGGGUCCAGUCCCCUCUGGGCCCGGUAGCCCAGGUGCUGCCAGGCGGUCAGCCUCUCAUAUGGGGUCAGGCGAACAUCUUCCCUGCCACGCAGCAGCAGUGGGCCGCCAUGGCAGCCGGAGCCUUCCCCCCCACAGCCUACCUCCCCGCCCAGCCGGUGGGCACCCUGCCAGCCGCCAUGUUCCAGACCCUCACGCCCGUCACGACCGUGACUCCAGCCGGAGAGAGCCAACUGGGAGCCAUCGCAGGUGCUUCGGCUCCAUCCCCAUCGGCAUCGUCGAGUCCACAGCACGGAGAGAGAGCAAAGAAGAUAGGCAAAGAGAUGUUUAAGGAUUUCCAGCUGGCAAAACCUCCAGCAAUGCCGUCAAAGAAGGUCGAUCAGCCCAGCUUAACGGGGACCACAGAGGCAUUCAGCUCUUACUUCAACCGCGUGGGCACUGCCCAGGACACGGACGACUGUGAUGACUUUGACAUUUCUCAAAUGAAUCUGACACCGGUCACCUCCACAACACCAUCCACCAACUCGCCUCCCACCCCAGCACCCAGGAAGAGCUCUCCUUCCAAAUCCUCAGCCUCGCAUGUCAGCGACCCUCCUACCGACGCCACAGACCCCCCAACGGACGACUCGUUUGGCGAGGCGGAGGGCAGUCCUAGUCGCAGUGGAGAGGAAGAUGCUAAGGGAAAGGACCCUCUGUACGCCCAGAUCAACAAAGGGAAGAAAUAAAGGACUCACAAGAAGACAGACUUGACCAGCAAAGAGAGAACAGGAGGAGGACCCUUAACCUCUGUGUGUGUGAGUGCGUGUGCGAGUAUGGAUGGCACGUCCUCGCCUGGCCAAGACUUUCUUGCUCUCCUCUUCCUGCUAACAACCUCCCAGGAGAAGCAACCACGCUCUCACUGUUUCUCUCCUCUUCCUCCUCCUCAUCCUCCUCUCUGAAGUCUCUCUUCUUCCUGAGGAGACAGCCCUCUCAGUCAUUGACUUCAGGAAGGAGGGAUAUCAAUCACUGAGUCGGAUCCUGUUCUCUCUCCACUGCGUCUCCUCCUAUCCUCUCUUCUACCUGUGGCAACUCACACCCAGCCUUAGAGACAUAUCCUGCUCCCCCUUUUCUCCGCCUCACUCUCUCUCCCUGUCGGCCUCCCUGCGUUGCUCCUGCCUCCCCUGCUCUCCACUCCUCCCUCUGCACCCUGCGCCUGGCCAGAGACUGACUGUGCUGCCAAGAAGGGAACUGAGUCAAGCAGUGCCUCCCCCUCUGUGACGCACACUCACACACGCACGCACACACCAGACUAGAGUGGUCAGCUUUUGAUUUAAUGGGACAGAAUCUGAAUCAGUAAGGAGGAGAUCCAACAGGUGGAGCCAGACUCUCAAUGUGCUAAUCAGUGAUGGCUCGUUUUCCGGAAUUGCUGCCUCUGAUUGGCUGAUUGGUUCGGGCGUUUCCUUCCCAUUCUUGUGAGUGUCUGCUGGAUCACUAUGCAGAAACAAGACUCUCUGGGAGCUACUCACGCACCAACUACAUGAUUACUUUGCACACAGCAAUCAUACAAACACCCAGACAUGCAAACACACACAGUCAUGCCCCGCCCUUCAACAUGCUUACACACAGUAAUUUGCCUAGCGUCUCUCCACGCGGACAGACUCGUAGUGAGACCAGAGGACCACAUAUGCUGAGGAAAUGGACCCUGAGAGGGAAACGUUGCAAGUUAAACAGUUUCUGUGAUCGAACUGUUCAUUCUCUAUAGCUUUUGUACAAUACUGAUUUCAGAAAAAAAGAA